CCAUUCGAUGAAGCGCGUGCGUAAGGAAGGAGAGCGCGUGAGUGAGUGAGCUCGAGCGCUGUGGUGGCGGUGGGUGCGUGAAUGUGUGUUGAGUCCCGUUCCUAGCUAUAUAUUGUGUAGAAGAGCGCGAGACACGUUUUAUUCGCACAUCUCUAACGGAGGUAGAAACAAGUUUUCUCUUCCUCGAGAAGACACCGAUAUCAAACGCGAAAUUCUCAGUAGCUGUUUAUCCACAGCCAGCGAAAAACAUGUCGGCCUCGGCGGCGAAAGUGAGUAAAAAGGAACUGAACUCCAACCAUGACGGAGCGGACGAGACCUCCGAAAAAGAGCAACAGGAAGCCAUUGAACACAUUGAUGAAGUACAGAAUGAAAUUGACAGAUUGAAUGAACAGGCAAGUGAGGAAAUUUUAAAAGUAGAACAGAAGUACAAUAAACUACGCCAGCCAUUCUUCCAGAAGAGAUCAGAACUGAUCGCCAAAAUCCCCAACUUCUGGGUCACAACAUUCGUCAACCAUCCACAAGUCUCUGCUCUCCUUGGGGAAGAGGAUGAGGAAGCACUUCACUACUUGACCAGGGUGGAGGUGACAGAGUUUGAAGACAUCAAGUCGGGUUACAGAAUAGAUUUUUACUUCGAUGAAAACCCAUACUUUGAGAACAAAGUUCUGUCCAAAGAGUUUCAUCUCAAUGAGAGUGGAGAUCCAUCUUCAAAAUCAACAGAGAUCAAAUGGAAAGCAGGAAAGGACUUGACAAAGCGCUCCAGCCAGACGCAGAACAAAGCAGGCAAGAAGCGUCAGCAUGAAGAGCCAGAGAGCUUCUUCACUUGGUUCACAGAUCACUCCGACGCAGGGGCCGACGAGCUCGGGGAAGUCAUCAAGGAUGACAUUUGGCCAAACCCCUUGCAGUACUACCUGGUCCCUGACAUGGAUGACGAAGAAGGGGAGGGUGAAGAUGAUGAUGAUGAUGAUGAAGAGGAAGAAGGGUUGGAGGACAUAGAUGAGGAAGGAGAUGAGGAUGAUGGAGAGGAAGAUGAAGAGGACGAGGAUGGCGAAGAAGGAGAGGACGACGAUGGCGAGGACGACUAAACCGGAUAAGGGACAUGUUCCACCCACAUCCUUUCCCAUUUUCUCCUACUGAUUACCCACAAGUCCUUGGGAGCAAGAUGCUUUUUUUCCCCCUUGACUUCUUGUUCUGAAGCACCUCUCCUGUCCGUGCCAUGUCUAAUACAAGUUUUAUGCCCCUGGACAGACUUGCAUUAGAAAACCAGUGGCAAAAUUUCUUGCUGACGUCCCAUGUACCAUGUCCAGUUCCCACGUACAUCCGAGAACUUUGGGGGGAGGGAUAAAUAAAAUUCAAUAGAAUCAGCACGCCAUCUUCAGUAGACUAAAAUACAAUAGAAAUUUAUAUUAUAUAUAUAAAUUUUCUUCCUCUUUAAAGUUGUAAGAUAAGUGAACAAAAGCCAUGGUGCAAUGAUGACCUGCUAGCUCUAGCAUCCCCUCACUGUCUUUAUAAUUUUGUUCAAUACAAAGUAGGCCCCUAGAGCUGACAUUGUUCUCUCCAUGUGGUUAAAUGGACAGAUAGAAAUUACCAGCUUGUUCCUAUCGCCUCUUAUAACAAUGUUUGGGGUAGGGUUGGGGGGGUCAGUAUUAGGGUAGGGCUGGGGUUAUUGUAGAAGUCUGAGGGAAGGGGGGGAGGGGCAGAUGCGUAUUUUUGACACAUCAACAUUAGGGUUUUUGAUUUUCAUUGUAUUGUUUUACAGGCAUUCAUGAGGUUUGAAAUGACAUUUUUAAUAAAGAAAAAGAAAAUACAAAAAAUGUUACUCUUGUAAUUUUGAACCCCGAUGCUUCAUGAAACAAAAAAAUCUGUAGAAUCUGUCAUGGACUCUACAUCUAAUAAUUUUUCUUUUUUCCACUGAAAUGACGGUUUUAAACAAAGUGUACAAGUUGCUUUGUUACAAUAAAACUAAAUGUGUACACAAA